UUCUACUGGAAUCCCCCACAUCUUCUUUAUAUAAAAACAAGAACACCGCGCCAAUCUCACCAUUAGAAAAUAUUGUGUGGUGUCAAUCUUAUCGUGGUAAUUUAAAUUUAAAUAGCACUCGCUAUGACGAAUCUCAAUUUCAUUCGAGUAGUCUUGUUGGUUUUAGUAUCAGUAAGUUCGGCAGUUAGUGCAGCUCACGUCGCUAUUAAUUGCAUACCUUUGGUUAAAUGUCCACAAUUACUUCACCUAGUACAAACAGAUCGAGAUUCUACCGAAACUAUUAAAAUUCUUCGAAGUUCGCAUUGUGGUUACAAUGGUAGGGAACCCAAAGUGUGGUGCAUCCAAGUGUACCCAGCUUGUAAAACACCAAACGGCAAAUCCGGACGUUGUAUGGAUGCUUCAAAAUGCGAGGUGCUGCAAGAUUUAAUUGCGAGCGAAGACGAUUUGUCCAAUGUAGUGAAGUACAUGAAAAACGCCAAGUGUAAGGCGGCUAGUUUUGACAGUGGCAGCGAGCCAGUAUGUUGCCCCCCCGAUAGUGACAUACGAAUUAAUGAAAAGCCCAAAGUUCUCCCCGACCCUGAGCGAGAGGAAUGCGGUCAUCAACUCAAUUCGAAAGUCAUUGGGGGCAAAAGUACAGACUUAGAUGAAUUUCCUUGGGCCGCACUGAUUCAGUAUCAAUGGAAAUCCGUGUACAGCACUAAUUGUGGCGGUACUUUAAUUAGUAGAAGAUACGUUGUAACUGCUGCCCAUUGUGUGGAUAGGGCGGCUAUUAGAACCGUAGGCAACAUUGCAAAUGUUAUUCUUGGAGAAUAUGACACAAGAAACGAAACAGACUGUGUACAUUUCCACGGCAGGCAGUGGUGCGCUGAUCCACGUUUAGUCGUUCCUGUACAAGAAAUUAUUAUUCACCCUCAUUGGAACCAAAAACCUCCUGCUACGGUCGACGGCGACAUUGCACUUGUGCGACUAGCUUAUGACGUUCGAUUUACUGACUACAUCCAACCAAUUUGCUUACCAGCAGCAUCGACUUUGUUUCAAGAUGGGACACAAUUAUUUGUUACUGGAUGGGGCCAAACUGAAACAGAUGACGCUAGUUUCGUUAAACUGAAAACAUUACUACCUGUGGCAAAUAAAGCGGAGUGUGUUCGUAAAUAUAAACAAGAUAAGAGACUAUCAGUAGGUGACGGAAUGAUAUGUGUGGGCGGUGAAGCAGGAAGAGACAGUUGUUCAGGAGAUUCCGGCGGUCCCUUGAUGUAUCCAUCUAUAAAAUUGGGAGUGCCUACGUGGUAUUUGACAGGGGUUGUUUCAUUUGGUCCUAAUCAACCAUGUGGGAUUAAGGGCUACCCCGGUCUGUACACUCACGUAUCAAAAUAUGUCGAGUGGAUACAAGAAACUGUUCAAACGUGACCGCAAAUGUACAUUCUGAAACCAACAUCACAAAAGUGAAGGUAAACCUUUACAAAAACAUGGAGAGAGAAUUGGAGAGUGAUAUAAUUUAUUAACUAAAAUGUUAUUUUGUUUAUUAAUUGGUGUUACUUAUUGGGCAAUUAAAUUGACAUCUAAUUAUUGAA